AUGUCCAUGUCCAUGUUCUCCUCCGUCGCCAAGCGCUCUUUCCAGUCGACAUCACGCGUGAGUACUCAGCUGCGGUGUGAGGAGGUGUUGAGAGACCUGCUGACCUCGGUUCCGUCCCGUCCCGUUCCGCGCCUGGCUGGCUCGUGUCCAAAGCAGGCGACCCGAACGCUCGCCACCGCGGCUUCGUCCAGUGACAAGCCGGCCCAACUCAAAACGUUCCAGAUUUACCGAUGGGUGAGUUUGAGCGCUUCAGUCAGCUGGGGAAGCAUGGGUGGUCGCCUGGUUUAUACCCGGUCGGAUCGGAUUGGGCUGCUUUGUGGCGCGAGACGAGUGCCCCGCGGCUCAGCGCAACAGGCCUUUGCCGGCGGCGCGUGCCUCUGGGGAUCGUCAACCGGGUCACCGCGGCACUACAUCCCUCGAUCUUUACCCACAACGCCUCUCUCCGCACAAGAUGACGAACCACCCUCUUGCCUCCCAUUCAGAACCCCGACCAACCCGCCGAAAAGCCGCACUUGCAGUCGUACCAAAUCGACAUGGCCAAGUGCGGGCCCAUGGUGCUCGACGCGAUCCUCAAGAUCAAGAAUGAGCUCGACCCGACUUUGACGUUCCGAAGGUCGUGCCGGGAGGGGAUCUGUGGCUCGUGUGCGAUGAACAUUGACGGCGUCAACACGUUGGCGUGCUUGAAGAGGAUCGAGAAGGAUAGCAAGGAUAUGAAGAUUUACCCUUUGCCGCACAGUCAGUUCCUCAAACCGGGAGCUUGCGCUCGAAGCGGUGAGAGCCACUUCACUAACAUCUGCAGAGGUUCCUGGAUGACAGUGUACAUCAUCAAGGAUUUGGUGCCCGAUAUGACCCAGUUCUACAAGCAGUACAAGGCCAUCGAGGUCAGUCUGGGGACGAUGUCACGUUGCUGGCCGCAGCGGGUCCAGCCCAACCCGGAACUCACGCCCCUCAUCUCUCUCCACUUGUCUUUCUCAGCCCUUUUUGCAAGCCGAGAAGCCCGCAGAUGGGAAGGAGCACCUCCAGUCGCGUGAGGACCGCAAGAAGCUUGAUGGCAUGUACGAGGUCAGUCGAUGCUGAACCGGCAGUGUGAAGAUCCCCACCAGGCAGGUUAUACUGACACGGUCUUCGUCCUCCCAUCUCCUAGUGCAUUCUCUGCGCAUGCUGCAGCACAUCCUGCCCUUCGUACUGGUGGAACCAGGAUGCCGGCUACCUCGGCCCUGCUGGUGAGUGGAGCAGAAGCAAAAGAAUCAUAUCCGAACUGCGUGCUGAACGAAUGGUGUCUGCGCCUGACGCUCACAGUGCUCAUGCAAGCGUACCGCUGGAUCGCCGACUCUCGAGACCAAAUGACGAGCAAGCGCCUCGAGAAGCUGCAGAACCCCUUCUCGCUCUACCGUUGCCACACCAUCUUCAACGUGAGUUUCUCCCGAGCCGGCGAGGGUAGGCGGGGUGAAUGACCUCGCACGGGCGUGAGAGCUGAUCACCUGAUUCCGUUUGCGAUUCAACAGUGCACCAAGACCUGCCCCAAGGGGCUCAACCCGGCCAAGGCGAUCGCCGCUCUGAAGCAGGAGAUGUCGACAGCUUGA